AUGCCCAUUCCCACCGAGCCCGUUGGAUCCCUGCCUAGGCCCAAGUACCUGCAGGACGUGUAUGCCGCCUAUGACGCGGGCACGGCCACGCGGGAGGAGCUGCUUGCGGCGCAGGACAAGGCUGCAGCCGACUCGGUCCAGCGCUUCGAGGAGACUGGCGCCGAGUUCGUGACUGACGGCGAGCAGAGGGCUUCCUCGUUCGCGACCUACCCCAUCAUUGACACGCUUGGCGGCAAGGGCCUGUCCGAGAAUUUCGCGCCCGACGGCCAGUUCUUCGCCAUCUUCGACGAUGGACACCACAGGCAGCUUCCUCGCCUCGUCAAGGGCCCGCUGAAGUACAACACCUAUGCCGCCGACUACUUUAAGAAGAGCAAGCCGUUCGCCAAGAAGGCCAGCCUGAAGCAGGCCGUCAUUGCGCCCAGCAUGCUGUACCUGCUGUACCCUCUGCAAGGCGAGAUCGAGGGCUACCCGAAGGACAAGUUCGUCGAGGACCUGGUCAACGAGUGCGAGAAGGACAUCCGCCUGUGCUUCGAGGCCGGCGCCAAGCGCGUCAGCAUCGACUUCACUGAGGGCCGUCUGGCCUCCAAGAAGGACCCGCGCAACCCGUGGACUGGCGCCAACCUCCUCCAGACCUUCAUUGACCUGAACAACAAGGUCCUCGACCGCUUCACCCCCGAGGAGCGCGCCAACAUCGGCAUCCACACGUGCCCCGGCGGUGACUGCGACAGCGUGCACAGCAAGGACGUCGACUACCACGAGCUCUUGCCCAGCAUGUUCCAGAUGAACGCCGGCUACUUCUUGAUCCAGUGCGCCAGCGAGACGGACAAGGAAAAGGUCUACAAGGAGAUCGGCCAGGUCAUCCGCAAGGACGCCAACGGCGUCAAGCAGGUCGCUUUCAUCGGCGUCAUCAACCCCCUCGACCCCAAGGUCGAGACGCCCGAAGAGGUUGCCGAACAGCUCAUCAACGCGGCCAAGUACAUUCCCGUCGACCAGCUCGGCGCCACCGAUGACUGUGGCUUCAGCCCCUUCAGCAUUGACGUGAAGCCCAAGCACGGCUCGCCCGACUUUGCUAGGGACAUUGCCUUCCAGAAGAUCACCAGCCGUGUCAAGGGCGUCAAGCUUGCCAGCGAGAAGCUGGGAGUUUAA